AUGGUGUACGUGGAAUGGAUAAAUAUCCUGGUCGAUGCAAGGAGGAGCCUAUCUGACUUUUGUUGGACCCGAUCUUCGGCCGAGACCCUGGCUCAGUCGCAUCUGGCUGAAGUGCAUUGUAAUUUCCGAUUGGCCCAGCCAACAGCCAUGGCCAAGAUGCAACAGCAACAACAACAGCAACAGAAACAGCAACAGCAACAGCAACAGCAACAGCAACAGCAACAGCAACAGCAACAGCAACAGCAACAGCAACAGCAACAGCAACAGCAACAGCAACAGCAACAGCAACAGCAACAGCAACAGCAACAGCAACAGCAACAGCAACAGCAACAGCAACAGCAACAGCAACAGCAACAGCAACAGCAACAGCAACAGCAACAGCAACAGCAACAGCAACAGCAACAGCAACAGCAACAGCAACAGCAAUAG